AUGAAGUUUUGCAUAGAACGCCUCGCACAGGUCCUCGUCAUUCACUUCGUGUUGCCGCCAGUCGAAGUCGUCGUCAUCAGCAUCAAAGCAGCAAUGGCUAGCAAGCUGUUCCUCGCCGCCGCCCUCUUGCAGGGUGUGCUCUCUUCGCCGCUUGUGAUUGAAGAGCGUCAGGCAUGCGCCGCCCAGUGGGCUCAAUGUGGUGGUUCGGGCUACACCGGCCCGACGUGCUGCCAGUCCGGAAGCACCUGUGUUGCCUCCAACCAGUGGUACAGUCAAUGUAUCCCCGGCUCCAGCAACCCCACGACGACCUCGAGUUCCUCGAGCUCGACAACAUCUAGCUCGACGUCGCGGCCCCCGACCUCGGUGCCGACCACCUCGACCUCGGGUUCGCCCAGCACAACCACGAAGCCCACGACCACGGCGACGGGCGGCAGCGGACCGGGAACCACGGCCUCCUUCACCGGCAACCCGUUCGCGGGCGUCAGCCUGUUCCCCAACAAGUUCUACUCGUCCGAGGUUCACACCCUGGCCAUCCCGUCGCUGACGGGCUCGCUCGUCGCCAAGGCCUCGGCCGUGGCCCAGGUGCCGUCGUUCCAGUGGCUCGAUAUUGCCGCCAAGGUCGAGACUCUCCUGCCCGGCGCGCUUGCUGACAUCAGGGCCGCCAAUGCCGCUGGUGGCAACUACGCCGCCCAGCUUGUCGUCUACGAUCUGCCUGAUCGUGACUGUGCCGCCGCCGCUUCCAACGGCGAGUUCUCCAUCGCCGAUGGUGGUGUCGUCAAGUACAAGGCCUACAUUGAUGCUAUCCGCAAGCAGCUUCUUGCCUACUCGGAUAUCCGCACUAUCCUUGUCAUUGUAAGUUGCUGACUGCGGUGCCUUGAAAUUAGACUCCCUCGCCAACAUGGUUACUAACAUGGGCGUGCCCAAGUGCGCUGGUGCCAAGGAUGCCUACCUUGAGUGCACCAUCUACGCCGUUAAGCAGCUGAACCUGCCCCACGUCGCCAUGUACCUCGACGGUGGCCACGCCGGAUGGCUCGGCUGGCCUGCCAACCUCCAGCCCGCAGCCGACCUCUUUGGCAAGCUGUACACCGACGCGGGCAAGCCCUCGCAGCUCCGCGGCAUGGCUACCAACGUCGCCAACUACAACGCCUGGGACCUUGCCACUGCGCCUUCGUACACGACCCCCAACCCGAACUGGGAUGAGAAGAAGUACAUUUCUGCCUUUGCGCCGCUCUUGGCGGCCAAGGGGUGGAAUGCUCACUUUAUCAUUGACCAAGGUGAGAAGCAGCAGCGCUUGAAGGAGAAGAAGGAAGAGGAAUCCGCGACACUGACAACUGCCCAACCAUGCAAACUAGGCCGGUCAGGAAAGCAGCCCACUGGCCAAAAGGAGUGGGGACACUGGUGCAACCAGCAGGGCGUCGGUUUCGGCAGACGUCCUUCUGCCGACACGGGCUCCGAGCUCGCCGACGCCUUCGUGUGGAUCAAGCCCGGCGGCGAAUGCGAUGGUGUUUCCGACCCGACCGCUCCUCGGUUUGAUCACUUCUGCGGCACCGACUAUGGUGCAAUGCCCAACGCCCCUCAAGCUGGACAGUGGUUCCAGAACUACUUUGAGAUGCUUCUCACCAAUGCCAGCCCGCCCUUGUAA